AUGAGCCUGCGUCUGUGGCACGUCUCCUUGUGGUUGUGCUAUUGCGGCGUGUCCCAGCUAAUCGUGGUUUCCGUUGGCGCCUCGGGUCGCAGUUUCGCGGCUCACAUGUCCCCGUACGAGUCCCCCUGCGAGCGCAUCACCGUACCCCUGUGUAGGGACACCCCGUACAACUUGACUCGCAUGCCAAACAUGCUCGGCGAUCUCAGUCAACUGAUCGUCGCCAAGUCGAUGAGAGACUACGAACCGCUGAUCAACCAGAACUGUUCUGUGCACCUCAAGUUCUUCUUGUGUUCGGUCUUCACACCAAUGUGCACCGAGGCGGUCGACGAACCAAUCACCUCCUGUCGUUCGGUGUGCGAGGAGGUCAUGCACAGCUGUCUUCCGCUGCUGACCAACUUCGGUAUUCCAUGGCCUGCGAUCCUCAACUGCAGCCAGUUCCCCCUGAAAGGAAACGGUGCCCUGUGCAUGGAUCCCACGACCGCCUACAACUCCGCCAAGAAGGCAGCCGACAACGGCGACCGUCAUAUCAAAGCUUUUAAAAGGUUUUUCGUGUCAGUUGCACAUAGUGUUACUUUAGAGUUGAAAGUUCAAACUGACGUAAGCUCAUCGACGUCGUGCGGCACAGAGUUUGUCAAGUUAGAGCGCGAGGGUUCCUCGGGAACCCAGUGCGCCCUGCGCUGUGAUCAGCAGUGGAUGUUCACAAAGAACCAAAAGGAGUUUGCGGAGAAAUGGAUGACCGUGUGGGCGGCGGUGUGUUUCGUUGUGACCGUCAUUACGGUCAUCACGUUCUUGAUUGACAUGACUCGCUUCACGUACCCAAAGCGCCCCAUCAUAUUCAUUUCCUUUUCAUACUGUCUGUAUUCGUUGGCGUAUUUGGUAAGGGCGUCGCUGGGCAGCGAGUCGAUCGCCUGCACCCAGCUUUCCGGUCACUCGGUACUAAUCUCCCGCAGUCUGGACAACCCGCGAUGCGUCAUCAUCUUCCUCGUCCUCUAUUACUUCAGCACGGCCAGCUCGGUGUGGUGGCUGAUCCUGACCAUGACCUGGUUCUUGUCGGCGAGUCGCAAGUGGGGCCAGGAGGCGAUCGCCCGACUGAACAGCUUCUUCCACAUCAUCGCCUGGGUGAUCCCGGCUGGCCUGACCAUCGCCGUGUUGGUAACGCACGAAGUGGACGCCAGCGAGCUGACCGGUCUUUGCUUCGUCAGCCAGCGCGACAGCUCGGCGACCUACGGAUUUUUUAUUGCGCCGGUAACAAUCUUUUCGCUGAUCGGCAUCGGAUUUAUGGUCGCCGGCAUAAUGGCAAUGAGUCGCAUUAGCAAGGAGAUGCGGUGUCGAGUUCGAGAGGUUGACCUGUUUAAACUGAAAAAAUUGACCACUCAAGUGUGCAUCUUCUCCGUACUGUACGUACUGCCGACGCUGGUGGUGAUCAUCUGCGAGAUUUACGAGAAACUGACCAUCGAGGAGUGGAUGAAGCGCCACCGCAAUUGUGUACUGUUGUCCGCCCAGCUGGAGGACGCUGGCCCUACGACCCCGGCAGCCCCUCCUCGCGACGCUGCAACCGGUAAACACGAACUGUUGCGCUCCUGCCGCCAGCCCGGCGGCGGCGAAAGCGCUGCACGAGCGCCGGUGAUGGAGGUCUACGUCCUGAAAAUAUUUACGAGCCUCGUGAUCGGCAUCACCAGCAGCAUGUGGAUAUGGAGUCAGAAAACGGUGGUCACGUGGCGUCGAUUCAUCUGCUGCUGUCUGUUGACGAUGCCGCCAGCCAAGACCUCGGUUCAGUACAUGCCGGUGGUCAGCGACAAAGCAAAACACCCUUCCGCUUCGUCCACUUCGCAACUGGCCCGUGCCGUCGGUGGAGCCACAAGCGGUCCUGCUAGAGCUGCCAACGGCGGUGGCUUCUUCAACUACACCAGUGUAGACAAGUUAGCUAAAUUAUGA